AUGUCUUCCGCUGCGCAACAGUACACCUGGUUGUGGUGUGACAACCACAAGAAAGUCACCGAGUGGUUCUUAAAUGAUCCCGACCAUCACGAUUACCCAUUCUUCUACUCGUCAUUCAUCAACACCGUCAAUCGUACUUGGCACAUCUUCCUCCACAAAGCCAGAACCAAAAAACUACAGUCCCACGAACUGCUCAUGAUCAAAUGUUUCUGCAAGAAGAAAAUCCCCGCAGCUCUGAUGAUCGAAACAUUGAAGGAGUACAACAAGUACAUUGGUGGGACGAGAGGAGGUUUGAAGAGUAAAGGCUUGAUCAAGUUUGGAAAUNNAAACCCCCUGGCUAUCAAGGUUGGAGAGACCGAGCUCCACCAUUACAUCACAAAGCACUUCGAGAAGCACGGUUACGUCCAAGAUAGCAGCGCAGAGGAUGAAGACAUAGGGGACGAAGAGAUGGUGGAUGCUGAGACUGAGACUGCACCCACUGGAGCUGCCAACGAGAACAACAAGGUCACAUUUGAACUCGCUAUUGUUGGAGGCAAGAAGACCGAUGAGGAUUUGGAUAUGGCUUGA